AUGGCCUCUUCAUCGACACUCAAACCUCCGCAAUCGACGGCACCGGCGCCUCAAAGCGCUGCGACGCAUCUGGAGCUGCUGCCGGAAAUCCCGCGUGCGAGCUCGAUCAUCGUGAUCGGCAUGGCGGGCUCGGGCAAGUCGACUUUCACCGCGAGCCUGCACGAUCACCUGCACGAAAAGGCACAGGAGCAGCAGGAUGCCAUGGACCAAGAGCCUACAGCUUCAUCGUCGUCUGCACGGACUACUGCGCCGUACAUGGUGAAUCUCGAUCCGGCGGUGGGCACGCUCGGAUACGAGCCCAACGUGGACAUUCGCGACACGGUCGACUAUGCGCGCGUCAUGGAGCAGUACAACCUCGGUCCCAACGGCGGUAUCCUCACUGCGCUCAAUCUCUUCACCACCAAGUUCGAUCAGGUGCUUGGGAUUCUGGAGAAACGAGCCAAGGAGGUGGAUCAUAUCGUGCUGGACACGCCCGGUCAGAUUGAGAUCUUUACGUGGUCGGCGUCGGGUUCGAUCGUCACAGAUGCGCUGGCUAGCUCCAUGCCAACCGUAGUGGCAUACAUCAUCGACACGCCAAGGACGACGGCGCCGGCGACGUUCAUGAGCAACAUGCUCUACGCCUGCAGCAUCCUGUACAAGACCAAGCUGCCGUUCGUGCUGGUGUUCAACAAGACGGACGUGCAGGACCACCAGUUUGCGCUCGAGUGGAUGCAGGAUUUCGAAAAGUUCCAGGAGGCCCUGGCAGCGGGAAACGCCACGGAUCCUUCGGCCACUGUCACGCAGCACGGACUUCGAGCACCAGCAAGAGACACGGAUACCGAGGGAAGCCAGGGCUACAUGAACAGCCUCAUGAACAGCAUGAGUCUUGUUCUCGACGAGUUCUACAAGAAUCUCAGGGCCGUCGGAAUUUCCUCUGUGACAGGCGAAGGGAUGGACGACUUUUUGAACGCCGUGCACGAGGCACGCCAGGAAUACCUGGACGACUACCGACCGCAGCUCGAACGGCUCGCCAAGGAGCGCGACGCCAAGCGCGAGUCGAGCAAGAAGGAGCAGCUGGCGCGCCUCAUGAAAGACAUGAAGGUGGGCGGCAAAGGUGCGGCCAAAACGGCGAAAUCAGCGACGCGAUCCACCGAAGAUCUGUCGCAGCCCAUCGACGAGACGUACGAAGGAGACGGCCAGAUCAUCGAACCGGGCUCAAGACGGCAUGGUGGUAAAGCAUGCGCCGAUGCUCCGCUCGCAAAUUGGUUUCAUGCUAGUCCAGCGCGUCGUUCGCCACAAGCCGCUCGUCCGAUCGGGGACGAUUCGGACGAGGAGAAGCCACACUACGAAUACCCUGGGCCAGACUACGACCGGGGUGACGGCACGGUUUGGCCUCGUCCUGGCAAGCCCAUUCGCCCCGACACCGCUAGCGAGACGACACGUCUGGCAGCGACAGAGUUGAUCAAGUCCAAACGUGGCGCCCCGACGGAAUUGUCGAGGGAGGUCGCCAACUGCGGACGGGGCGCACAUCAUCCACGCUUACGCCAGGCGCGCGUGCCGCCCACGGCGACCCGACUGCAUCGUGAGGUUGCACUGUUGGCUGCGCAACCAGACUCGGCGUGCGUCUGCUCCUCGAGGUCGUCUCAACAGCCAUACCGCAACGGCAGACCCGAUCCUUCUCUCUGCUCUAGCACACCCACCGAGGUGUCAUCCGUGCCUUGCGAAUUCUCUGGUCUCUCGCUCUCGUGGCUCGGUGCGUGCCGAAGAGCUGCUUCCCGCGCCGGCAAGAGUGCCGACUGGCAGGCGGCGGGUGGUGACAUGGAGUGGGCGAUCCUUGGAUUGAAAUGGCAGCGUCUGGAAGCCAAUCUACUGGGCGAACGGGUGAUCUUGCCGCUACGUCUGAGGCCGUCGAGCUUGGAAGCCUUGGAUUGGCAGCUCCGCUUCGCUUUUAACGCUAAUUCCGAACCCAGUGUUCGACAGGACAGCAGCACUUUGCCUGUCCCCAUGCUCGGCCCCUCAACGCAGCCUUUGCACGGCUCCCGCGUGACGAUCUUAUCAGGCGCCGCCUCGCCUCCAGGCUGCCACACUCGCCACGCCCGUAGAGACGGCACAGUGACCGCCGCUGCCCUGCCCUGCUGCCCUGCGGUUGUUCCGACGAUUCGCAAACGGCUUCUCACGUCUCCCUCUAGCCGCGCUCAACAGCCGCUGUUGCUCCCACGCUCGCCCGCCCGUCCGUCCGUCCGUCCGCCCGCCUCUGACUGCCUUGGGUCGCCUCGCCUUGGCGCGCCCGCCGCACUCUUCCUCGACCGGCCGCCGAAACCGUCCAACUGCUUGAGCUGCGACGACUCGACUGCAUCGGCUGCUGCGCCUUCUGCACGCACGCGCACCCACGCAUCCAUAUCCCCCGGUUCGUUCCAUCGGCACUGUCACUCUUCACCAAGCACGCGCUCACCACCGCGCUCACCGGAUCCCACUCGCAUCCAGCACUUCCUCGCUCUCGACCAUCCGCUCAACACACCCUGGCCACCGCCUCUCAAAGACUUUUGUCGAACUGAUCACCACCCCAGUCGCAUCUGCCAGCCUGGUCUUGCUUCGAUCCUUACCAACUCAGACUCACCAAACUCCCGCCUCCCUCGUCUUACCGCAACGGCUCGUCUCAUCGUUGCAAGCUCACAACAGCGCCGCGACCAUACAUACCCAACUAGAUCCACCACAGUUCAUAUCCUGCUGCAUCAAACCCACACCGCCAUAGGCUUGCGCGGACUCUCCUCGACAGGGUCCGCAACGCCCUUGUUUGUCUCGCACAACCACUCUCUCGUCUUUGCCAGCGCCGACUGGCCGCAGAACUCAUCUCGCCGGCUCAAUCCGCCCCCGCUUUCGCUCGUCUUUCCACAUCUGCGCAUUCGAGCGCCGGUCUAA